UGCGUGUGUAUGUGUGUGUGCAAGUGUGUGAAUGUCUUUCUACGCUGCGCUGCUUUAGCCAAGCUCUGCUGUGUCUAGCGCUGUAAAUGUGCGCGUCUAUAGCUGACUGUAAUAGCGUUGUAUGUGUAUAUGUGUACGUAAGUGUCUGCCGUCAAACGAAGAACGAGCCGACUAACUAAACGAACGAACGCGAGCGAACUGCCGACGGACGUAAGCCGCGUUGCUGCUGCUGCGGUUGUUGCUGCUCGUGCGACUACCACGGGAGGCUCUUCGUUCAGCGUUUCCCGCUAGGACGACCCCUGCUGCCUCUGUAGUUGAACUGCGCGCCGGCGCCGUCAGAUCUGCAACUGAAACGGAUUCGAAACGAGGCCGACAUCGGGAACGAACGGCAAACCACUGGCGGACAGUGAACACAUCAUGACCCACUGCUAUGCGCUAUGAGUCGUUCGCUACGAAACGAACAAAACGAUCGUAAACACGCCAGAGCGCAGCGUUCGAGCAGAUACACAGCGGCAGGAUUUACGAGUAACACAAAUAUAUAAUAAUAUUGUUGUGUAUUGAUAUAGGAUGUUCCGGCGAAAAGGAAAAGAGGACGAUAUCUUGGAUCCAAUUUGACUCAAUAUCGAAGGUGGCCCUAUGGCAAUGUACAGUGAACGAUACUAAUUGGAGUUGGCAUUCUGUAAGAAGAAGUGAAAGUGUACGUUUUUGCAUUGAUCCUGCUGGUGGUCCCUCAGUAGAGUACAGAGCAGAUAAAGACCCGGAAUAGAUCAAGGUAAGGCGCGGGCAGCACGACGUUCUCAUAGUCCGGAAGAGAGCGCAAUACCACCGCAGUGCACGGCGAUCAACGACGACAGUGGCAGCCGCUCGCUUCAAGCAGCUGAUUGAACUGGCCCAAUGAUUAACAACUGAUCAGUUAGGCUCUCCUCGUGGUGAGGUAGCUACAGUGAGAAUGUACCCGGCAGUUCCGGAUCGCUCGCGCAGUAACACUCCAACGAAGACCGAAUUAGAGGUGCGUUGAAGACUGGCGAGGGUUGUGUCAUACACGCGGCGCUCACAGCUAUAAUAACUAUGCCUAUAUGUAUGUUUGUAUGUGAAUGUGAAUUUGUGUGUCUUGGAAAUAGGGGCUGGAUUUGAUGACGAAGUGGGAUUAUGUACUGUGAUGAAUAACUUCGGUUUCCUAUCAGAAGCAAUCGAUAAAUUGGCACGAGCUUUUUUCGAGCUUCAGAUGCUAAUAUAGGCUAGAUGGACAUCGCAACGACGUUAAAGCUAUCACUGAUCGAUUGGAAAUUCACACAAACGAACAAAAUUAUACUACUAUCGUCUUCGAAAGUGAGAUGGACGUAAAUGAAUUGGUACAGCAUACGAAAAAAAUAUAGCUUUUUAUGCAGAGAGUGACGCGGUUCAUCUUCGUUACAAGUAACCGUUUUGUAGAAAAGCUUCUGAGGACAACAGAGAAGAGCUAGCCCCGGACCACUCAUCAAGGUUAUCGACGCGAUAUGGAUGAUUCGGGUUCGAAUUCGCCGCCGCCCACAAUGAUUCCAAGCGUUUAUCGUGACCAUCCUCCGCGGAGAUCCGUCUCCCCGGAAGGCGGCUCGUCAAAAGGCAGAUCAACACCAAGCUCUCCAGUGUCAUCGGGAUGUCUCCCAUCGGCCAGGUACCCAGGAGUGCCUGCGUUCAUGCUCAAUGGCGGUCAACUAGCUAACCGCUAUUCGAUGUUGGCCGCCCAACAACGCUUUCAACUUGAACAACCUCCUGCGGCGCAGAGUCGAGGCAACUCCCCGCCAGGAAUCGCCUCCGACGUUGCCGCUUCCGACUGCCGUUUGAUCGACUACCGUGGAGCGAAAGUGGCAGCUUUCAGCGUUGCAGGCGAAUACCUGCUGUGUCUUCCGCAAGCGUUCGAUUUAUUCCUUAAACACCUCGUCGGUGGUCUUCAUACAGUCUAUACGAAGCUUAAAAGAUUAGACAUCACGCCAAUCGUGUGCAACGUAGAACAAGUGCGCGUCCUUCGAGGGCUGGGAGCAAUCCAGCCAGGUGUAAACCGAUGCAAGCUCUUGUCGUGCAAGGACUUUGACGCACUCUACAAAGACUGUACGACCGCAAGAUCAGCGAAUCGAAUGUGGAACGCAGGACUGAUGGGCGGUGUCGGAUCGCCGCCGGCGCCCGGCGGUCAUCCGGGGUCUCAUCUGGCGUCAACUCCCAACAACAGUAACAGCAUAAAUACCAACAACGUCAACACCGCUAGCAACAACAAUGGAGCAACAACACCUGCCGGCCAUGUCUCGUUACAGCACAGCAUGCUUCAGAACAGCAGCAGCGGUCAUAGGCUGCCGCAUUCGUCAAUAUCUUCUCUCAAGCGAAGUUUAAGCCCUCCACUCAUCCCCAAUGGACUUGUGCCUAAGAAAAGUCGAGAUGAACACCUUUUUGAACUCAACGGUCAUGGAGACCCGUCGAAAAUCUCGUUGAUGAGUCCACAACAACAGCAGGCCAUUGCCGCCGCCCAGCAUCUGCAGCUGCUCUCCCAGCUCCAUCCGCAACUGCAGAGUCAGCUUCAGGGUCAAUUGGGCCAGCUGCAGGGUCAGCUUCCCCCGAGUCUUCAGCAGCAACAACAGCAGGCCCUGCUCAACGCCGUCGCGCUGGCUGCCAAUCGUGGUCAACUUGCCACUCAGCAUCAUUCCGCGACAAACAGUCUCGCGCCCGCUGCCGUUGCUGCCGCCGCCGCUGCUGCAGCGGCAGUCGCCCACCAACAGAGUUCCGCGCACCAUCAUCACACAGCCGAACCACAGCAGCAACAGUCGCCGAACUGUACCAGCUCAUUGAAAGACAAACUGAGUCUGGAGAAUCGGCUUCAGCAAGCGAAGGAUUCACCGUCAUCCAGCCGGAGUGCAUCUGAGCCCCCAGCUCUCAAUUUGACUAGCUCAGUUCAGAGAGAGCAUCCACGAGAAUCAAGAGAACGACGCGACAGUGGUAGCAGCUCGGGCCAUGACGAAGGACCCGAGACAGGCUCCCUUGGAGCCCUCAAGGUCAAGUUGGAGCAACAGGCAAUUCUACAGCUACAACAGCAACAGCAGCUUCAUCAAAAUAACCAUAGCGCGCGGCUUGGAAUAGAGACAUUAGAUAGCCUUUCUGGUGGGGAAAGUAGCGCCUCAACAGGCGGUCAAUCUGUUGAAAGCUUGUUGAAGAAUAUUCAGGCCCUUCUACGGCUCGCAGCCGACACAGCACGUGAAUAUGAAAAAAGAACUCUGUUCGAAAAAACUCAGCUCAAGCUUGAAAUCCAAAAAGAAAAGGAUUCGAGGGCGCACCUAGAGAAACAACUUGAUGAAGCCACAAGGUUAAGAGAAGUUUACCAAAGAAGACUGAAAAAGGAACGCCGCUGUAGACGAGCAAUAGAGGAAGCGCUUGAGAAGAAAUCUGAUGAUCAUAACAAACUGUUUCCUGCUACGACCAGUAGCAGCAGCAGCAACAGCAACAACAACAACAACAGCAACAAAAACAACAACAGAAAUGCCGAGACCCCAUUCGAUGACGAAGACGAAGCAGCAUUGGAUACGACGAAACUUAGUACUGAUGAUUCGCCACCUGCCAAGGGCUUAACCGUACAAUGA